AAACGAACUUUGAAGAACAGGAUCACUUCUUCCCACGAGUCCUUAUAAGAAAUAUUUACAGCCGACCAUCAUGUCGUCCCCUUCGAAGCCAGUGGGGAUUCCCAAACGUGGCUCACAGUCUCAGUCUGUUACGCCUGCUGGGACUCCAGACCUCAGGGCCCUCAGGGCUCAAGUCAUAUCUGGUACACCUCCAGUGGGUCUCUCAAUACCUCCACCAAAUAUUCCGCCUAGAACGUCAUCACCCGUACCGUUAGGACAACUCGUGGAAGGUACUCCUGCAUCUUCGUCAACGGCUAGAAUACAGCUCGCAGGUCCUAGUAGAACAGAUAGCCCGCUGAACCUGCCUCUGGAUUUGGACGACUUGCCUGACGAAGAAAAGGCCAAGAUUUUAAGAAGGCAUCUGGUUUCAAAGGGGGAGAGAGAACGCGAACGGAGAGAAAACCCGGAGGUCACAUCUUUAUCAGAGCCUGUAUCUCAGACGAGGCGCUCUUCUGGAAGUGGUCGAAUUGCCAGGGAAGAAAGCGAACCAUUUCCUGUGCCCUAUGCUUCCUCUGGUGCAGAUGUAACACACGACAUCUACAAAUGGCAUCUUAAUGCGCAACGACAAGCUCGUCGUGUUCGCUCAGCGUCUUUCUCGGCCGCUGCUCGUCCUGCCCCAGAUCCCGCAUUUGAACACAUACAUGAACCUGGAGGUUUCAGACGUAAUUACGUUUUGCUUCGCGCAGGCAAUGAGGAUGGAGGUGAAGAGCCAAGAGUAUUCGUUAACAACUUCAUCGACUUUUUGUUUCUCUUUGGUCAUUUCGCCGGAGAGGAUCUAGAAGAAGAUGAAGAGGAUGACAAGGAUGAAGAAGAUUCAGAGGGCGUGUUUGCACAGCCCUCGUCUUCUGUCGCACCAUCUGUCGGAUUUGGUGAUCUAGCUGCUACAGAGUCGUCGCCGUUAUUAGGAAAUAAGUCAAGGUCUCGUUCUAGAUCAAGGAGGCGGACAGCGUCCAUGUCCACAGGGAAUGCGACUGUUGGACAAGCGGUUCUGAUGUUGUUGAAGGGAUUUGUUGGGACCGGUGUUCUAUUCUUAGGAAAGGCAUUUAUGAAUGGGGGAAUACUCUUCUCCUCCCUUCUCUUCAUUUUCAUCGCCGUCAUCUCGCUUCAUUCCUUUCUUCUUCUGGUUCGUGCUAAACUUGCCGUUCCCGGAAGCUUCGGAGACAUUGGCGGUGCUCUAUAUGGACCAUGGAUGCGGCAUCUCAUUCUUAGCUCCAUUGUGCUUUCACAAAUCGGUUUCGUUGGCGCCUACAUGAUUUUCGUCUCAGAAAACCUCCAAGCCUUCGUCAGUAGUGUUACUGAUUGUGUCCAGUACGUACCCGUGAAGUACUUCAUUAUAAUGCAGUCCAUCAUCUUGCUUCCAUUGGCCUUGAUACGUGAUAUUGUCAAGCUCAGCACAACGGCUUUGGUAGCAGAUGCUUUUAUCUUAUUUGGCCUGGUUUAUAUCUUCGGCAGCGAGAUCGGUUUGGUCAUAGAACGAGGAACACGAGACGUUCGGUUGUUCAACCCAAAGGAUUUUUCACUGUUCGUGGGAACGGCAGUCUUUUCCUUUGAAGGCAUAGGACUCAUUGUUCCCAUCGUUGACUCCAUGCGCGAGCCGCACAAGUUCCCUGCUGUCCUAACCGGAGUCAUGGCAUUCCUGUUGAUACUCUUUGGAGGUGCUGGUGUUCUAGCCUAUUUAACAUUUGGCUCGGAUGUCCAAACCGUCAUCCUGGUCAAUCUCAAUGAGGUGCACCCAGGAAGUAGAAUGCUUCAAAUCGUCCAAAUCUUCUACUCUCUCGCAAUACUACUAUCUGUUCCUCUUCAACUAUUCCCAGCUAUCAGAAUCAUGGAAAAUGGAUUAUUUACUCGCAGUGGCAAGUCCGAUACCCGCGUCAAAUGGACGAAGAACCUGUUUCGGUUUGCCACUGUAAUUGUGACUGGCUGCAUCUCGACAUUGGGGGCUAAGGAUCUCGACAAGUUUGUCGCUUUUGUGGGUUGUUUUGCUUGUGUUCCAUUGUGUUAUGUAUACCCCGCGAUGCUGCACUAUAAAGCCUGUGCGCACACCCGUAGGAAGAAACUCGCAGAUAUCGCUAUGAUUGUUUUUGGAUUGGUAGCAGCAGCGUUUACCACCGUGCAAACCAUUAAGUUGAUGGUUGAGCCUGAAGUGAGCGGGUCGCCAGUCGGAGUGUGUGGUCCUCCAAGAGUUUGAGAACAAGCGAAGGUUUUUCUUCUGGUUUCUUACUAGUUCAAUACACUGUUAUAGUACUCAUGCAUCCUACCACAACUUGUAUCUAACAUGCACUUUUCUUGAAUUCUGACACGUUCUUUUUUAAAAUUCUUUGUUUUCCUUUAUUCUCAAUCUGUACUAAGUAUUAGGACAGGCUAAGUACCUUACUUUCGGUGACGUAUGGCUUGAACGCCUCAUUGGCUUAUGAUUUAGCAUACAUAUGUAUGUGUUGAAUACUUUUUU